AUGACGAAACAAAGCCGCUCCCUGACCUAUUCAGCAGAGUACGAGUUUGGCGGCGACAACAUCCUAACGGCGGCUUACUUUGAGGAGACGAGACUUCGAAAUCAACAGCGAAUCAAACAUGCUCACUCCGUCAUAGACACCGAAGCAGGCGGUCGCACAGUGAAUAACGCGAAGAAGAUCCAGCAAGCGCUAGACAGGGAGAUUGAAAUCGCUCAGCACAAUCAAAUGCUACUAGAACGACUCGAACGCAUCCAUAAGAAGAUGCCGAAGAGGUUUGACGUCUCGCAUCACACUCUGGAGCAUUUGAGCAUCCACGGGCCAUCAAACUAUCCUCAGUGGCAGCGCGAGCAAGAGCGAAUCGCCGAGGAGAACAAGAAAAUGAAGCGGCGAAUAGAUCAGACCAAGUCGCUAUUCAGCACCAAGCAGCUUGCAGCGGAUGCCGCCAAGUACCUCUACUUUUCUGAGAAGCUUUCCAAAGCCGAUCGGCGGCUGCAUUUGAAGCAAAAUGCCAGCAGCUCAAUCUUCAGUCCAAUGCUAGACGAACAAACAGUGAUAACCUCCAUCGUUCACGACAUCGUUACCCCAAAGUCGAAGGCAUUCCGGACCAAUUCGACAGUCGUCGCGUCUCGUACGAACUACCCCGAAUCCGCGCAAAGGCUGAAAGAAAAUAUGCUGCACCUGAUGAAAGUUUCCUUACGCUAA